AUGCACAUGGAGUGCAAGAAGAGUGGUAUUGCAGCAUUCGCUCACUCAGACUCAGGUUUAAUGAUGAUUGCAGACAACCUCUUGACAUACAUCUUCGUCACAAACAAUCCUGGCUACAUCAAGAUAUUUUUAUUUUUCACACUUCUACUAUUUGUAAUGUCAAAUGCUUAUUGGAGGUACUCUGGAGUACCUUUUGAGACCAUGGAGUCAAUGGGUAGAUGGGGUGGAGAUGCCUUUGCUGGGUACCUCAGACAGCAUGUGGUUGUGCUGGCACCAUAUCUCCAAGACACUCCCAUCCUCAAGCUGUUCAAGCGAUAUGCCCUACCUCCUGUCCGUUGA